CAACCUUAGUCGUCCUCUUUCCUUACUGGAAAAGACAAGUUCAAAUCAUAUUGGCAUAGCUACCCUAACCUAGGUAGCUGGCUAGGUAGGUACCAUAACCAAACCAGUUUUGGCCUCUGGUCGAUGUAAGGAACUAAUUUGCAGCGUCCCUGAUUAGAUUUAUAAAUGUUGAGUACCUCUUCCUCUUCUUACUCUAUCUUUGCUCGCUCCUUUCCUCCAAUUAAGGGCUUUCCCCGACCCACCGCACUACGCCCUUUUCCUCGGAUCUUCGAAUCCCAUGUCAAGUCUCCAAAAAACAAAUUGAGUAUUCUAUGCUUUAGGCAUGAGCAUCAUUCUCCAGAAACACCUAAACCCGAAGCAAUAGACCACUACUUUCACGAGGAAUUGGUGCAAUCGGAAUUCAAUGACUCUAGCGUCACCAAAAGAGACUGGAACUCAAUCCUCCAGAAGGCUGCAAAUGAAUACUUAAAGGUAAUUGGCAAUCGGUGGGCUGUACCAUGGACUGCAAUGACCAUAUUACAAGUUAUGCUUCUAUGGACAACGGCAUUUUGGUUUAUAGGAUCUUGGAUGAUUCCUUUUGCAGCCCAUAUAACUGGUUUUAGCAAGGAAUCUUUGACAUUUAGAGGACAAGCACUAUUUAGCCUUGUUACUGAUGUAACUGAAGGACUAGCUGGAAUUGCAAUUCUUCUUCGUUGUCUUUCUCGAUUUCGUCCCCUUCCACCUGACUGGUUCAAGUUUAGCCUAAAGGGGAAUUGGCAAUUAGAUGUCAUCAUGGGAUGUCUCAUGUUUCCUCUUGUCAAUAGGCUCUCACAGUUCAACCUGCACUUACUACCACUUUUGCCCUCUACACCUGUCACCUUUUCAAGUGUUGAACAAUCAAUAAGGGCAAGGGAUCCUGUGGCAAUGUUAUUAUAUGCAGCAGUAGUAACAGUUUGUGCUCCUGUGUGGGAGGAGAUAGUUUUCCGUGGUUUUCUACUCCCAUCCCUUACCAAAUACAUGCCGGUGUGGUGUGCAAUACUGGUAAGUUCAAUUGCCUUUGCGCUUGCACAUUUUAAUAUACAGAGGAUGCUGCCACUUAUGUUUCUUGGGAUGGUAAUGGGUGUCAUAUUUACGCGGUCAAAGAAUUUAUUGCCAUCAAUGCUUUUGCAUAGUCUUUGGAAUGGCUUCGUCUUCUUAGAGUUGAUGAAAUAGCUUCUUCAAAGUAAUGAUUCUUUAGUAAGUAGUGAGCCCAUUAUGUAGGUAGCAACUAGCAAUGCAGGCAUUCACAUGCAGGUUUAUGCUUUGGAUCAGCGUCUUCAGAAGCAAAUGCUUACUGGAACAGAACCUCAUUGUGAAGGUACACUGAGUAAGUGCAUGUGCAAGAAGUAACAUGAGCUGAUGGGCUCAUACAAUUGUAUAUUAUAAAAAUCAAUGCCCUACUUUGUUCAUAUCUGUGAUGAAUACGUGGGUAUUAUUUGACAGGUAUAAUUGAAACUAUUCAUUUUGAUCAGCUUUUUUUUUUUUUUUCCCUGUCCCUUUUUGGCUGUGAAAAUUCAUUUUGGGUAACAUGAUGCUGGAGGACAGUUGUACUGUAUAUUCUGA